CAAAAGUAUGUUAUUUGACUUUUUAUAAGGUUUUUAUAAAGUUUAUAAAGUAUAUAGUCGAAUGGAAGUUAGCCCUAAAUUGAUUGAGGGUGCAUAUAUUCAUUUUUAUGGACACAUGUCAUAAAUGCAUGACACUUGCUACGACUAUAUGACCUGAAAUUACUAACAGGGUAAGGUUGGUAAUAAACUUAUUUUUAGUCACAAUGGAGUGGAACUAGGAUUGUAACCUCGUACAAACACGUACGCUUCAUGUGGCGGCAUUAUUUCUCAAACAGCUCACUGGUUAGACGAGACUUAGAGGAGGAGCUGCCUUCAGGGCCCCAGAGGAAACUUCCCUGUCAGUUUUGAGAGUGACAACAACGUGAGGCGCGGCUCGCAGUCUCGCAGCAUCAAUUGCACACCCAAACCACAAGAGUAAACAUAUUUCUCCUCUGGGUUUCACUGAUUUGAUCGCGAAUUUUGCGGAUUAUGGAGUUCUCAAACUGUGCGUAAAAGGGAAGCAAUGGAUUUUCUUCUUGUUGGAAAACCUGGAGAAUGCGCAUUCAUGGAAAGUGCCUCUUCUUCGAAUGUGAGAAAAGAACCUAACUUAGUGUGAAACAGUGAAAGAAACUCCAGCAGAUAUGAACUCCACGGCAGCAGAGAAGGGAUUUAAAUCGCCCUGCACCAUCCCGGUGAUUAUGUUUAUUUUCGGUGUGGUGGGAAAUGUCAUCGCCAUCGUUGUCCUGCGGAUAUCACGAAAGGAACAAAAGGAGACCACUUUUUACACCCUAGUAUGUGGCCUGGCAGUGACGGACCUCCUGGGCACCCUGCUGGCCAGCCCGGUCACCAUCGCCACCUACGUGAAGGGCGCAUGGCCGGGCGGAGAGCCUCUGUGCCAGUACUCCGGCUUCAUCCUGCUCUUCUUCUUCUUGGUGCAGCUCAGCAUUGUGUUUGCGAUGUCAGUGGAGAGAUACCUGGCGAUUAACCACGCAUAUUUCUACAACGAAUACGUGAACCAGAAACUCGCUGCUCUGACUCUUUUGGCCAUUUACAUUUCCAUCAUCUUGUUUUGCGCGCUGCCCAGCGUGGGGUUCGGGCAGGUGAAGCGCCAGAGACCGGAGACAUGGUGCUUCAUCGACUGGCAGAACAACCAGACAACCGUGGCGACUUAUAAUUUACUCUACGCCGGUGUCAAUUCAGUCAUCGUGCUGGCCACCGUCAUAUGCAACGUGAAGGUGUGCGGGGCUCUCAUCCUCAUGCACAAGCGGUUCAUCCGCCGCACGUCUCUGGGCACGGACCAAAGGCGCGUCGCGGAGUUCCGGCGCAGGCGGAGUUUCGGACGGUUAGCCGGAGCAGAGAUCCAGAUGGUGAUCCUGCUAAUAGCCACCUCCGCUGUGGUGCUAAUCUGCUCCAUACCUUUAGUGUUGAGGAUCUUUGUGAAUCAGCUGUUCACAAACACGACAGAAGAGACUUCCGGGUUGAACAAAGACUUGCUGGCCAUCCGCAUGGCUUCUGUCAACCCCAUCUUGGACCCUUGGAUCUACAUCCUGCUGAGGAAGACUGUGGUCCUCAAGCUGAUGGAGAAAAUCAAGUGUCUAUUCUGCAAAAUGUGCGGGCGGGGGGGAAGUAACGGCGGUCAGUUCCGCUGUGCCGACGGCCAUCUUUCCUCCAUCGUUUCACGAGAUUCUCCCUCGCUGGUGUCACAAGAGCUGCGGGAAAUGGUGAGCACCUCGCAGACCUUCCUGUACCUGGCAGAGGGUGGGAGGUUGGGGGCACAGAAAGGCUCCAGUCCCCCACAUGCACAGACGUUAACAGGGCCCCAAGAGGUGGAGGGGCCUCCGAGGGAGCUGCAACCGACUGAUUUAGAGGAAAGAGCGCCAGGCAGGCCGAUGAAAGAGCUGCCAAUGUGCCCAAAGGACACGACUCUGCAUGUGACCUUCACUGACGAGACUGCAAACAUGCAGGAGAAAUGCAUAUGACUGUUAGCAUGAUCUUGAAAAAAAGCAUUCCUCGUUGGAAAAAUAACUCAUAAGAGCGCUGCAAAGAGAGGAAAAGCAUCUGAAGACUGAACCUCUUGCAGGCUGCUGUUCUCAAUGUAUUCAUCUUCAGUCAUGUUUUUCUACCAAACACACAUCCAACUUUGCAUAACAGUUGUAUCGAAGAGAACAAUUUUGUAGAAAAGCUCUUCUGUUGCACUUUUUGUAAAACCACUGCGAGGCUGUGUGGACAACCUGCACCAUGAUUGUAAAACAUACGUUAAAAAUGUGAAAAGUGAUCCAUGAUGUUAAUUUAUUUUAUGUAUGUAUUUUAUGUCUUCUCUGUGAGAAGGUCAAGAUGGUUUUGAGCCAUUUUUAAACUGGUUUAAAGAUUAAUAUGUUCAGUAUUUUUACUUUAAGGUUCUUAGAAACAUUGGCAAAUCAUUUGGUCUUACUUUUUCACAAGAUAGCAAAGAUAACAUUUUACUAUCCCUUAUAUUUCAUCACUAAAGGCAGCUACACUGAGGGCUCUUCCACAAUGCAGACACUUGAGGAUGUUAGCCGGCCUCCUAAAGAAAACUAAUGUGUACAUUAAAUCUUUCCAGCCCAUUACCUUGCAGGGAUUCAUCCAAUUCCAUCUUAUUUCAACCUUAAUCUAAUGUGCAAUUCUUCUCAUCUAAUCAGAAUGUUUGGGGAAUAAAAAAAGGGAAUAGAGACUGAUGACAUGUUUCCUGUUCUGACGAGCUUAAACGUCUUGCCUUUUUGGAUUUCCCUGUGGCAUUAAUUAUAUUGUCGCUAUAAAGAUUGAUUUAAAUGCCAUGUUCACAUUUCAAUGUUAAAGUUGUUGUAGCAGCAGCAGAUGUUAAAUGUACCUGCAAUAUGUUGACUCUUGUUAAAGGACUCAUGUUUUACCAAACUCAUAAAUAAACCAAAAUAAAGGUUUGUAAAUAUUCAAA